CCACUUACUCCACCUCCCUGGUUCAAAAGGGGCCUGCAGGCAGCGCUGCACUUACUUCCAAAAGCUGCUACAAGGACAGCUACCAAGGUCCUCCCAAGAUGAAGAACUUCCUCUUCCUCCUAUUCACCAUCAGCCUCCUGGUGAUGAUUCAGGUACAAACCGGAGUCUUGGCAAACAAGACCACCACCCCCACCACCAACAACAAGAAACUCAAGGAUGCAGCCCCAGCACUCAGCAGCCUGGGGGGUGGCAGUGCCCUUCUCUUCUUGACCAGCACCCUCAUCCAGCUCUUUCACCUCAGCUGAAGUGACAUGCCUCAGCCCUAGCCCUGUCCCCUGAGACAGCUGCCACUAUCACUAGCAAGAGAAGCCCAACCCCACUCACCCUCCCUCCCAGCACCGCAAUCCUUGGGAAGUGUUGAUGCCAGAAAUCACCAGUUGUGGGAAUUGACAGGCAGUGCCUUGGGGACAAUGGCCAACACAGGGAGGUAGUGCUGUGGAAGGGCUAGCAUCAACGAGCUGGGGGUCAAUAAAGUUGUCCUGUACUUGGAAUGG